AUGGAUCGCCUCCUUCUUGUCUUCUGCAUCAGUGCAUGUUUCCUUUACAACCAUGCAGGAGCACAAGGUGUUGGGAUUAACUAUGGACUACUUGGUAACAACCUUCCACCACCAGAUACAGUUAUUAGACUACUGAAUUCUAAAAACAUCAAAACAGUUCGAAUUUUUGAGCCCGACCCAAAUGUUUUGAGGGCCCUAGGGAAUUCUGGCAUUGAAGUUGUUCUUGGCACGCUCAAUGAGGAUUUACAGCAACUUGCUGAAAAUCCAGCCUUCGCAACUCAAUGGGUUAAUACCAAUGUUAUACCUUAUGUCCCUGCAGUAAAAAUUAGGUAUAUAUCUGCAGGGAAUGAAGUCAUUCUAGGGCCUUUGGCGCAAUUUGUAGCUGGUGCCAUACAAAACUUGGAUAUUGCUCUCAAGGCAAGUAAUGUCUCCGUUCCUGUUAGCACAGCUAUCCAAUUUGAUGCAAUAGGACAAUCUUUCCCACCUUCAAGUGGCGCAUUUAAGAACGAUGCAGUCGGCGCAAUAACACCCGUUGUGGCUUUCUUGGUGUCUAAACAAUACCCAAUUCUAGCAAAUGUGUAUCCUUAUUUUGCAUACGCAAGUGAUACUGUAAACAUUCGAUUAGAUUACGCAUUAGGAACAGCUUCUGGUCCUGUUGUUAACUGA